AUGCUUCAAGAUGUCAAUAGCCAGCUGAACAAUGUGACACAAUAUGUGGGUACAAUGGCAGCAUCAUUGUCAGCAUCAAUGGCACAAGAAGCAUCGCAAGAGGAUCCUCAACAGAAAUCAAAAGAGAAGGCUAUUAGUGAAUUGGCUAGGCUUAGCUUUACCGGGAGUGAGAUCGUUGAGGCUGCAACCGUAUUUGCUAAAGCUCCAAAUCAGAUGAACAUGAUGCUUGCGCUUCCAGAAAAUCUGAGGAGGGAGUAUGUCCUAAAAAUGCUCUCCGUGAAGCACCUGUGA